CGACGCGACGCUUCGCUAUAAGGUGCUGUACCUGAGAAAAAAGUAAAAUGAGGUGCUCCCGGCUUAAUUUGCAACAGAGAUCGAAGCAGCUGACAAAACAGGAAAAAACAAUAACAGUCGAUAAACCAAGAAGGUAUUGCCAAAAGCGAAUGGUGAAUCCCGAACAUGAGGAAGAUCCUAGAUGGACGGAUGUGUUCGAAAGGUUCCAUUGCAACGACGAUGUCCGAUUAAGUGGCGUCCUUGAUAACAAACAUCCAAACCAAGACAGCGAAGAUUUAUACCUCACCGUCCAGACUUUAAAGUUUCAAGGUGAUGUGGAACUGAUAAGGAGGCCCAGAACCAGUUUCAAGUAUAAAACGUUGACUGAUAACGACAAGCACAGAAUGUUUGUCAAACAGGUCGUACAUGAAGAUGAAGAUGCUGAUAGAUCUUCACAACUUACUUGCUAUUACUUCGACGACUACGUGAAAUAUCUAUUCAAUAAUGACCGAUCAAGGCCUACAUCUGGAAAAUCAACUUUAUUUUUACGAGAAUUGAGCAACAAGUUCGAAGAAAAUAAGGCAAUACAAGUAGAAAGUUCAAAUGAAACCAAUAAAAAAUUAAGAAACGCUGAAACAAAAACUAAAACUUUUAUAAAGAAAAUAGCAAAGGAAAGUAACGUUGACAAUAAAAAUAUUGUUGACAUGAAAGAUGCUAAAAUAAUGUACCGGAAGGCUGGAAAAAGGAAAAGUCUUACUAUCUCAAGAGCACAAAGUCCUGAGACCGUACAAGUGAUUAGAGUAGAUGUCGUAUGCAACUAUCAUGGUGGUUCCGUACUUUCCGAUUACGAAGAGAGUAAAAGAAGCUCCGAUACUCAUUUUGAUAAAUCAGCUGGUAAAAUUGAUUCAAUAAAUAUUAAAAAUUCAUCUUUUGCUAAUAAAUAUUUGUUAACCAAUACAAUAAAGAGCCUUGAUGAGAAUUUGUCCGGAGGAGCGAAGGUAACACUGCUAUGCAAAACUUUCAAAUUGUCUGACAGAUCUAAGCUAGAUAAAUCUAAAAGAGACAGAAAGGUUAUUACAGCAUCCGAGGAUUCAAAAGAAGUGAUUAAAAAUAACACCAAGAAAGUUAAAUGUAAAAAAUAAAACGACUUAAAUGAUAAAAAUUGUCUUUAAUUUGAUUGGAUAUAAAAAUGGCGAAGCGUAGAAUUUUUUUUUUUGUAAUUCUAUAUUUUGUGUCUGCGAAACGACAAUUCGGACUGACGUCACAUACCUGCGAGAAAACUAUAGCGUCAUUCUGGCGCCACCCUUGUUUUGCUAAGUGGUUCCCAAUCUGGGGUAUAUUAAUUUCGUUACUAAUUCAAUUUGCGAUAAAUUAAUAAUGUUAAUAUUUUUUAUUACUCUCGUUAUUUUUUAAUACGGGAA